AUGGCUGUCGGACCUCGAGACGCCGACGGUGAUUCUGAAAUGGCUUCCUCUGUCGGCUCUCCCCACUCUGACUCCGAUGGAGUUGAUACCGGUGCCCGCACUCCCACUCACAACACCCAACCCGCGGCUCCCACCUCCGAGCUCUCCCCUCCCGGCUCACAACCGCAGCAAAUACCCGACAUUUCUUCUACAACCGAUUACAGGCCUCGUACAGAAGUAGAGCCCGGCAAUCUUUCUGGAAAGGGCCCAGAACUACCCGUCGCGGCGUGGAAGACCAAGCGUGCUCAGGACGAGUACCAGCGAGCGAUGGAGCAGGUCAUCGAUAAAGACUUCAACUUGAAUGAAUUUGGAGAUCCGUUCGAUGAGCGUGACUUGGAGGAGAAACUGCUAUGA